AUUCGAUCAAAAUGGCAUCAAAUCUGAACCCGGAGUACGCAUACACGGUGGUCUACGUGAAGGAUGUGGCGAAAUCCGUCGAGUUUUACGGUAAGGCGUUCGGUUACACCGUUCGUCGAUUAGACGAUUCUCACAGAUGGGGCGAACUACAAAGUGGACCGACAACAAUAGCAUUUACGCCGUUACAUCAACAUGAAACCGACGAUCUGACCGGCGAGGUUCAGGAGCUAGUAAAAAAAAGAAGGAAUCAACUUGAGGUCUGCUUUGCUUAUGCAGACGUUGAUGCUGCAUUCAAGAGGGCGGUGGAGAAUGGGGCGGAGGCGGUGUGCCAGCCGGAGGAGAAAGAGUGGGGACAGAAGGUUGGGUAUGUUCGUGAUAUCGAUGGGAUCGUGGUGAGGAUGGGAAGUUACGUAAAGCCACGUUGAAUGUGAGGGUUUGUUAAUUGUUAUGCAUGAAUUUUGUUAAGUAACUUUGUAGAUCUGUAAUUAUGUUUGUUUUUUUUGGGUGCUAUUAUAUUGAAAGGUCAUAUGCGUUUCUUAUUUUCUUAAUACUGUUGUCGCCCAUUUUUAAUCGACGUUCUAAACGACGUGAGGGGAAGGUGCAGCGUGACGUGACGACGUGUCACGAUGAAGCCAUGACGUUGUUUACAACGUG